CCGGACUCCGAGGACGACGCGGACGCCGGCUACUGGAGACGGGCGGACGCGUCGAGACCGCCGUCGCCACCGAUGCCGGACAACGCGAGCGACGCUUCCAGCAUGAUGCCGCCGGCGAGACCUAAGAGCCGCGCUCAAGAAGCCACCGCCUCCAGGUACUCGAACUUGUCGUACUGGAAGGCUAGACGAGUGGUGUUCUACAAGAACGGCGAUCCCUUCUUUCCCGGAAUCGAGUUCAGAUUUAAGCCGGGAAGGGACAUUGUGAGUCUGGAGUCGCUGCUGGAUAAACUCUCCCUGAGGAUGGAUCUUCCACGUGGUGCCAGGUAUAUUUUUUCCAUGGAUGGCGACAGGAAGUACAGAUUGGACGAGUUGGAGGAUGGUGCAUCUUACGUCGUUUCUUCCUACAAAGCUUUCAAGGCGGCAAGUUACGGCAAGAAAAACGGCAUCUGGUACGCCGCCCCUGGAGGCCAAGGCUGGAGCAAGGCCACGAGUCGGAAAGCUUCGAUAGUGGAGACCGACGUUCCACCUCCCGGAGGCGGUAAUGUCAAACCGAGUUCCGGAAGGGUAAUCAGGAUCAUCAACAACAUGGACCACACCGUCCAGUGUCGAGUUUUGCUGAACCUCCGGACGUCACAACCGUUCGAAGAAGUACUAGAGGAUUUGGGACAGGUUUUAAAGAUGAACGGGGCGAAGAGAAUGUACACGGUGUCCGGACAGGAGGUUCGCAGCUUCUCGCAGCUGCGCAACGAGUUCGCGGACGUGGAUACAUUUUAUCUGGGAGUGGGAAGUGUUGGUGGCGGAGGGGUGAGCAACGUUAUGUUGUCACCGGUGCGGAGGGCGAGGGGUCGCGCUCCCCAAACGGCCAUCGUUGAAGAUUUGAGCAAACAGAGGAGAGCUAGGAGCAAGAGCCGCCCCCGAGCACUUUACGCGCCUGAAAGCGAAAUCGUACGAACCAAUGAUUAUACUUUAUUAGAAGUUCUGAAAGAAGAACCAGUAAGAGUGACCAUAAAAGGCUUAAGAAGAACUUUUUAUCCACCAAUUCAUCACGCACCAAUGGAUAAUAGCCCACCUGAAAAGAAACUUCAGUUGGAAUGGGUAUACGGAUACAGAGGAACGGAUUCUAGGAAAAAUUUAUGGGUUCUUCCGACGGGAGAGCUGCUUUAUUUCGUGGCUGCGGUUGCUGUAAUGUACGACAGAGAUGAAGAAUCACAAAGACACUAUAUCGGACACACCGAAGAUAUUCAAUGCAUGGACCUCCACCCUUCGAGAGAAAUGGUAGCGUCCGGCCAAAGAGCGGGAAGAAACAGAAAAACUCAGGCUCACAUCCGAAUAUGGAGCACCGAAACUCUUCAGACUUUAUACGUGUUUGGCAUGGGGGAGUUCGAAGUUGGAGUUGCAGCAGUUGCCUUCUCACAACUGAACGGCGGAAGUUAUGUUCUGGCUGUAGACGCAGGAAGAGAGAGCAUCCUGUCGGUUUGGCAGUGGCAAUGGGGUCAUCUUCUGGGAAAAGUUGCGACGUUACAAGAGGAACUGACUGGGGCUGUUUUCCAUCCCUUGGACGAUAACUUAAUGAUUACACAUGGCAAGGGACAUUUGACGUUUUGGAACAGGAGGAAAGAUGGAUUUUUCGAACGCACCGACAUUAUCAAACCGCCCUCGAGGACUUUAAUAACAUCCCUUCAGUUCGAACAAGAUGGAGAUGUGAUCACAGCUGACAGUGAUGGUUUCAUCACGAUUUACAGUGUAGAUGCUGAUGGUGCUUAUUUUGUUCGAAUGGAAUAUGAAGCUCACAACAAAGGAGUAAGCGCCCUAAUCAUGCUAUCAGAGGGAACAUUACUAUCCGGAGGCGAAAAAGAUAGAAGAAUUGCCGCAUGGGACUCGUUACAGAAUUACAAAAAAAUAACAGACACUAAACUACCUGAAACGUUUGGAGGUGUCCGCUCAAUCUACCCGCAAAGACCGGGAAGAAACGACGGCAACAUUUACGUGGGUACCACCAAAAACAACAUCCUGGAAGGUUCACUUCAACGCAGAUUCAACCAGGUCGUUUUCGGGCAUGGAAGACAACUUUGGGGCCUUGCCGUCCAUCCUGAUGAUGAAGUAUUCGCCACGGCUGGGCACGAUAAAAACAUCGCUCUCUGGCGAAAAAACAAACUCAUUUGGACCACGCAAGUACCAUUUGAAUGCGUCUCAUUGGCCUUCCAUCCAUUUGGAGUUGCUUUGGCUGCUGGCAGCACUGAAGGACACUUGAUUAUUAUCAAUACCGAAACUGGGGUUUCUGUGAAUACCAUUAGAGUUUGUGGGUCACCGCUGAACUGUGUUGGAUUCAAUCCCACUGGAGAUUUGAUAGCUAUUGCUUCACAAAAUGGAAGUAUAUACUUGUUUAGAGUGAGUAGAGAUGGGUUCUCGUAUAAGAAGUCGAACAAGAUUCGUGGAUCACAACCGUUAAUGCAGAUGGAUUGGAGCUCUGAUAGUAACUUCCUGCAAACCGUCACUGCCGAUUAUGAUCUUUCAUUCUGGGAUGUUAAGUCUUUGUCACCAGAAAAGAGUCCAAUCGCCAUGAAAGACGUCAAGUGGUACACUCAUAAUUCAACAGUAGGUUUCAUGGUAGCAGGUGUCUGGAAUAACAGAUUCUAUCCAAUGACCUCUAUAAUCAGUACAGCAAGUAGAUCAGCUGCCCACGAUUUACUGAUUUCAGGAGACACUGACGGUUAUAUAAGACUUUUCAGGUUCCCUUGUUUGAGUCCAAAAGCAGAAUACAACGAAGAAAAGCUGUACAGUGGUACAGUAGCGUGUGCAAGAUUCCUUUUCAACGAUAGGAACGUAGUGACCGUCGGCGGUACCGACGCCAGUCUUAUGCUGUGGCAGCUGACAGAGGAAUAGCAGAAACCAUACGUCUAUCUGCCAUCGAUCGCCAGGACCAGCAACGCGUACGUUCGCAACGACUACGAGGACUCCGACUUCGAUUCGGAUAGUACAACUUUCGAGGUCCUGAACGUGCGCUAUUGAGGCGGGUUACUUUAGUCAUUUGUGGCAAGAAUCGACGAGUUUUUUUUCUAUUGCGGGACUACAAGAAAUCUGAUUGGAAUGCGGUGGAUGAAAAAUUUGGUCCAUCGCAUUUUCAACUCAUACCAAAAAUUUUGAAAUAUGUCUUCUACUAUUUAAAAUAUAUUGAAAAGAAAAAGUGCAAUAUCGGUAAAACCUUCUUAACAAUUAAGAUAAAUACUUACGUCAUGUAACAUUUUUAAAUAAUCACAGCACGAUUGAAGAAACCUGAAUUUUUAUAUAAUCUUGACAGACUAGUCAUAAUUUUAGUAAGGUUUUUAGAAUUUAAUACAGAUACAAAAAGUCUAUUGCUAUAAUAGAUUGGAAUGGUUUAAUCCAAAAACAAAUCUGAUAUACCUCAAUUUGAAAUUCAUUUAUAAUACCUAAUGUAUAUGAAGCUUUGUAAUCAAAAAAUGGUUUACAUAUAGACACGUAGAUUCCUAUUUUAGAAAUCAAUUAAAUAAACAUAUAUUUUGAAAUUAAACUAUUAAAAUUUAAUAUAAUACACUGAAAACUGCCAAUAGAUUUAGAUUAAGAUUAAGAUGGAAAUUUAUAUUUUAGAAAAUAACGCAAACACUUCUUAUAUGGCUUUAAAAAAAUUAAUAACAAAUUAGAGAAUUUAAAUGAAUUUGUUGUUGUUAAACGUAGUCAUUUAUGUUGAUCUAUUUAUAUUAGUGUGUCACUCUGUGUAACCACUAAUAUAAUUAGUAAUUAGCCUGUAAUUUAUUAAAUAAAUAUUUAAAUAUUU